UUUCUCAGCUGUGAAGAUGCUGCAGUCACUGUGUCUCAUUGUGCUGACCCUGGCCUGGCAACCGGUACUCACUAUCUAUAACUGCUCCUCACUUUAUGAGAGGGUGCCAAAUAAUGAUGACCUGAAGGUGGACUGCGGAAUCAGUGUCAUCAAACUGGAAGUUAACCUGUGCACAGCACAAUGGGCUGGCUUCGACCCCACUGGACUGGCCAUGAAUGGCAUGCACAAUAAUAGCCAGUGCAAAGGUGCUAUAGACACCAGCGUGGACCCUCCUGUCAUCCGGUAUGCACUAGCUGUCAACGACAGUCAGGGCAACCUGUGUCGGCAGUCACUUCAGAUUGUAGACGAGAUUCCCAGUGCCUCCGGACCUUUCCGCAAUUUCUCCAACAUCCAGUCGGUCAUCAUCUCCAGCUUCAUUGACACCCCGACCUCUUCAGCAGGUAUUGUCAGCUAUUCCACGGACCUCUACUAUCGCUUCUCCUGCCGUUAUCCUCUGGAAUACCUCAUCAACAACACCAAGAUUGUGGCAUCAUCGGUGUCACUGGCGACUAAUGACAAAAAUGGCAGCUUUAUUGAUAAUCUCAGCAUGAGCGUGUACAAUGAUUCUACCUUUUUUUAUCCAUUGGUGGUCCCACAAAAUGGACUACAACUGCGAACCAAGGUCUACAUAGAGGUCAAAGCAGUUAAUCUUUCUGGGAACUUUAAUCUCCUCCUGGACCACUGCUUUGCAACUCCAUCACCUUACACCUUCAACAACAGCGAACAACUUGACUUCUUCACUGUAUGUAACACUGACCCUCGGACUACUGUCAUGACAAAUGGGAUAUCCAAAAACAGCAGGUUCUCCUUUGAGGCAUUUCGUUUUGUGGAGCAUCGCAACCAAGACAAAUCCUCCAUCUACAUUCACUGUAUCCUGAGACUCUGUGAACCUGACAAGUGCCUAAACAUUAUAAAUGGUUGCAAUGGAAAGAGAAGAAAGAGAUCUGUGGAGCCUGGACAACCGACCACGGCUUCUGUGUCAAUUGGGCCACUUUAUACUGCUGCCCAAACAGGAGUUCCCGGACAGUCCAAUAAAAGCCACGAUAACACGUCUGGAGUGGUAGUAGGGGCAAUAUUUGCUUCUGCUGGUGCAUUGCUGCUUGUUCUGGCUGGAUGGUUUGUGCUGAAAAAGGUUUGGUAGGAUGCUGACCUACCUUAUUUCAAAUUAAGGAGCCACCAGAAGCCUGUCAUCUGUUCUAUGCUUAAGCAGAAAGUUUAGUCCAACUAUUAAGACACUUUAAUAUAUUAGAGCACCUUAAUGAAGCAUGAAAGGUUCUUGAAUAUCUAAAAUGGUCCACACAGUUCAACUAAAUAUGUUUGUAAAUGCAUGAAGGAACUGGAAGGAGAUCGUUAAAGAUAUUUCAAUCUUGUGCUAGAUAUUAUAAAGUAUAUUAGAAUCAUCCAAUAUGUAAAUACAACAUAUGUUUAGUUAAGUAUUUUGAUGAUGGUUGACGAUAAUAAAAUGGUUUCAUUUGGAGAUUGCAUAGAUAAUUUAAUCUAAUGUCCCUUAUGGAUUUAAA